GAAGGACGCGUCUGACUGGUCAGAAUCAGCUAAUGGAUCUUCUCAAAUGGAUGCUCUCUCCUUGGAGUCUGCCAGCAAGGAAGCCUAUUUCAGCAGAGUAGAAACAUUCACCCCGCUGAAGUGGGCAGGCAAACCCCACGAGCUGUCCCCCCUGGUUUGUGCCAGGUAUGGCUGGACCAACGUGGAGUGCGACAUGCUGAAGUGCUCCAGCUGCCAGGCCUUCCUCUGCGUGAGCCUGCAGCUCGCGUUCGACUUCAACAAGUAUAAGGAGCGCUGCGCGGAGCUGAAGAAGGCCUUGUGCACCGCUCAUGAGAAGUUCUGCUUCUGGCCGGACAGCCCCUGCCCAGAUCGCUUUGCCGUGUUGCUGGUGGAUGAGCCCAGAGCCCUUCUCCAGGACUUCCUGGAGCGCUUUCAGAGCCUGUGUCAGCUAGAGCUGCAGCUGCCCUCCCUCAAACCAGAAGACAUGAAAAACAUGUCCCUGACGGAGGAGAAGAUCAGUCUGCUCCUCCAGCUGAUCGGGGAGGAGCUGGAGCACAAAACAGAGGGAGAGAAACCACCGAUGAAGUUUGCCACGGAAAUUCUGCAAAUGCACGUUCCUGCCUGCGUCCUGGCUCUGUGCGGCUGGACCUGCAGUGCUGCGUCUGGCUCCGUCCACCUCUCGGUGAUCACCUGCUCCCGCUGCAUGAGGAAGGUGGGGCUGUGGGGCUUUCACCAGCUGGAAUCUGCAGGGCCGGAGCUGGACUCCUGCGGCCUGAGCAGCACGCUGCCGGCGCCCGCUGAGCGCUUGCCGCUCGUGCCCACGUCUCCACGCAGGAUGCUCACGCGCAGCCAGGACACGCUCCCUCCAGGCUCUGAGCAGCACGAGAAGAGCCCGUCCCCGGCCUUCUCUCGCUCGCGGGGUUGGGACUCCCCCAUCCCCGUGGACCGGAGUGACUUGGAGGUGGCCAGCCCUACUUUGAGGAGCCGCCCUGUCACUCGCAGCAUGGUGCAGGGGGACAGUGUGGAGGUGCCAUCCAGUCCUCUCCGCAAAGCCAAGAGGGCACGGCUCUGCUCUUCCAGCAGCUCG